AUGCAGUCCUCGAUGAUGGAGAAGCUGAGCUUCCUGUACAAACCGUACGUGUUGGCCGUGCUGACGAUCGGUUAUAUUGCGGGCGAGCUUGGCCACUACCUGAUCGGUGUCACAUCAAAGGCAACAGCCAUCGAGCUGGACUAUGGCGACCAGGCGUGCCAGCAGAACCACACCGACUUUCUACGCCACGAGCUACCGGCCCAGUGUGCUGAGUUCAUCAUCGAACACGAAUGUCAUCAGCAGCACAUAAACGGCACGGUGUACUGCGAGUGGAACUACAACGGACUCGGGCUCGAAUAUCAGCUACUGGCCGGUCCGAGCUUCAUUGCCGUGUUUACGGUAAUGGGUGUCGUGUUGGGUGUUGCCGCCGAUCGGUACAACCGCGUCCGGAUGCUGUUCGUGUGUACGCUCGUGUUUGCCGUGGCCAUCCUGUUUCAGGGUACGGUCAAGGAAUACUGGCACUUGAUACUGCUGCGCAUGGUGAUGGCUGCAGGGGAGGCGGGUUGUAAUCCGCUCGCCACCGGUAUCAUGUCGGACAUCUUUCCGGAAAGUAAGCGUGCCCUUGUGAUGGCCAUCUUUAACUGGGGCAUUUACGGUGGGUACGGCAUCGCGUUCCCGGUUGGCCGUUACAUCACCAAGCUGGACAUUGGGGGUUUGGGCUGGCGUGUGUGUUACUAUGGAACAGGAGUGCUUGCUCUCAUCAUGGCCGUGCUCACCGGCACGACUUUGCGCGAACCGGAACGUCAAAGCAUCGGCGAAGAUGCGGCAGGAAAGGCGAAGGUUAACCUGUGGAAAGUGUUGCUGCAGCCGCGCGUUCUGUUGCUAAUGUUUGCCGCAUCGAUCCGUCACUCCGGCGGUAUGACCUUCGCGUACAACGCCGAUCUGUACUACAACAUCUACUUCCCGGACGUCGAUCUUGGAUGGUGGCUGUUCGCUGUGACGAUCGGUAUUGGCAGCAUCGGUGUGGUGGUUGGGGGCAUCGUGUCGGAUAAGUUCGUCGCCAAGAUGGGUAUCCGAUCGCGCGUUGCCUGUUUAGCCAUUAGUCAGCUGUUGGCAACACCAUUUGCAUUUGGUUCCGUGUACUUCGAACCGCUCUGGGCGAUGAUUACGCUAGGCAUCAGUUACUUCUUCGCUGAGAUGUGGUUCGGUAUCGUGUUUGCCGUGCUGGUGGAAAUUGUACCACUGCAGGUCCGGUCAACAACCAUCGGUGUGUUCCUGUUCGUGAUGAACAACAUUGGAGGCAACCUGCCAAUUCUUGUCGACCCGUUGGCCAAGGCCAUCGGUUACCGUGGCUCAGUUAUGUUCUUCUACGCCGGCUUCUACGGUAUCAGUACAGUGCUGUUCUUCAUCACCAUGUUCUUCAUGGACGGACCGAAGCCGGAUGCGUCGUCAACCAUUGGGCACGAUCCCACCAGCCACGCUAACCACGUAGAAAUGGGUCACGAAAACAACACCUUCCAGCCGGAUGAUUAUCUGCCACCGCCGCACAGCAAUGGUGCCAACGGCCACAGGAACAUAGUCAGUGUCCGACCAUCGGAAAGCAGCCGCCUCUGA